AUGUUUGUGUUAAAUACUUGUGAGCACCGUAGUUUCUUCCUACGUGCUUUGUUGGGAAAGAUCACUGCUCUUGAAGAACAGUUGUCUGCUCAUCUGUCAAAGUGUACACCUUCUUCACCGUGUACACAACGAUCUAUAGGCUGUCAGAUAUCGCCAAAAUCGAAACCUUCAGUUACUCUGUCAUCAAGUCGAAAGCAUUCAGUCACUUUAUCGCCUGACAUGAAUGAUGUCUCUUCUUCUUCUUCUUCUUCAAGAAGUAGUGUCAGCAAAUCCUUUAAUGGCACAAUACAAUGGCUUCAAACAGCAUCCAAUUCAGUGGACAAGGAUACACCAAAAAUUUCUAACAAACUGGAGAUUAAUAAAUGUCAGGCUGUCAACUCGCUUUCCUCUCAAAGGUUUUAUUUUCUGCUAGAUAUCCCAACAGUGUGUCUGUGUUAA